UAAUUGUAGUAUAUGCAUGCAAACCGACGCGGGCGCGGUGUCGCUCCCCGCGCCCCCUUUUGUAUCCACCAGUAAUAAACGGACCGUCGACUGAACUGCUGUGUUUCCUUUACGCUCACAUCUACCUCACUGGCGACGAAUCUACCCGCGCGUGGAAAAAAAAAACAACCAUUUAUUAUGGCUUGUAUCGGAAGUCUUACAGUUUUUGACCAUAAUUCUCAAGAGUGGAAGAUAUUUCUUGGAAGGCUGCAGCAGUAUAUUAUUUUAAAUUCAGUUGAGGAUGCCAAGAAGGCCCCGUUAUUACUCACUCAUCUAUCGGAUGAGACUUACCGUCUGGCUACGGAUCUCGUGCAUCCGAUGAAAGUAGAGGAGGUUGCGUUUGACGCUUUAGUCGAAGUGCUGAACAAGCAUUUUUCGCCGAAAAGGUGUACCUUCGCCGACAGGGAGAAGUUUUCCGAGGCGAGAAGGACAACGGGAGAAAGUGUCGAGGGAUGGGCGGCGCGAGUGCGCGGACUAGCCGUGCACUGCGAGUUCGGCAGUGCAUUGGACAUGCUCCUAGUCAAUCGUUUUGUGCUAGGCAUGAACGUAGGCCGCGAACGUGAUCGCUUAUUCGAGCAGGACGCUACCACGCUUUCGUUUGCGAAGGCUUUGGAAGUAGCACAGCAGGCGGCGAGUGCGCGCCAUGCCCGAGCGACCGCCACGGAGUCAACGGCGGCGGCGCUCGUGAAGGAGGAACCGGUGUACCGGGUGAGCGGGACAAAGCCCGCCACCGACCGCGGACGAGAGGUUCGCAAGUGCACCGUGUGCGGCAUGAAAAAUCAUGAUGCGGAGCAGUGCAAGUAUAAAGGUUACAAGUGUCAAAAGUGCGGUUUAGUUGGACAUUUGAAAAAAGUGUGUAAGGGCAAGUUGUCGCGAAUCAAUAAUAUAGUGCAGCAAAAUACUGACACUUCGGAUGAGGCAUCGUGCUGUGUGGAGUGCCAAAACUAUAGAUUAAGGUUUCAAGAUUAGUGUGGGAGAAAUGUAGUAUAUGCAUGCAAACCGACGCGGGCGCGGUGUCGCUCCCCGCGCCCCCUUUUGUAUCCACCAGUAAUAAACGGACCGUCGACUGAACUGCUGUGUUUCCUUUACGCUCACAUCUACCUCAAUAAUACA